CGGCCCAUGGGCUAUUUCGAGCUGCAGCUGAGCGCGCUGCGGAACGUGAACGGGGAGCUGCUGAGCGGCGCCUGCUGUGACGGCGACGGCCGGACGACGCGCGCGGGGACCUGCGGCCACGACGAGUGCGACACGUACGUGCGCGUGUGCCUCAAGGAGUACCAGGCCAAGGUGACGCCCACGGGGCCCUGCAGCUACGGCCACGGCGCCACGCCCGUGCUGGGAGGCAACUCCUUCUACCUGCCCCCUGCGGGGGACCGAGCACGGGCGCGGGCGCGGGCCGGCGGCGGCGACCACGACCCGGGCCUCGUUGUCAUCCCUUUCCAGUUCGCCUGGCCGCGCUCCUUCACCCUCAUUGUAGAAGCCUGGGAUUGGGACAAUACCACCCACCAAAAUGAGGAGCUGCUGAUUGAACGGGUAUCCCACGCUGGCAUGAUUAACCCUGAGGACCGCUGGAAGAGCCUGCAGUUCAGUGGUCACGUGGCCCACCUCGAGCUUCAGAUUCGGGUUCGCUGCAACGAGAACUACUACAGCCCCACCUGCAACAAGUUCUGCCGGCCCCGCCACGACUUCUUCGGCCACUACACCUGUGACCAGUAUGGCAACAAGGCCUGCAUGGACGGCUGGAUGGGCAAGGAAUGCAAGGAUGCUGUGUGCAAACAAGGGUGCAACCUGCUCCAUGGGGGCUGCAGUCUGCCAGGGGAGUGCAGGUGCAACUACGGCUGGCAAGGGAAGUUCUGUGACGAAUGUGUGCCCUACCCUGGCUGCGUGCACGGCAGCUGCGUGGUGCCUUGGCAGUGCACCUGUGAGACCAACUGGGGUGGCCUGCUGUGUGACAAAGACCUCAACUACUGUGGCAGCCACCACCCGUGCACCAACGGCGGCACGUGCAUCAACGCGGAGCCGGACCAGUACCUCUGUGCCUGCCCGGACGGCUACUCUGGCAAAAACUGCGAGCUAGCUGAGCACGCGUGCGCCUCCAACCCCUGUGCCAACGGGGGCUCUUGCCACGAAGUGCCGUCAGGCUUCGAGUGCCACUGCCCCUCAGGCUGGAGCGGGCCCACCUGUGCGCUCGACGUUGACGAGUGCGCCUCGAACCCGUGUGCAGCGGGAGGCACCUGCGUGGAUCAGGUGGAUGGCUUCGAGUGCAUCUGUCCAGAACAGUGGGUGGGGAGCACUUGUCAGCUGGACGCCAAUGAGUGUGAAGGGAAGCCGUGCGUUAAUGCUUUCUCUUGCAAAAACCUGAUUGGUGGCUAUUACUGUGAUUGUGUCCCGGGCUGGAAGGGCGCCAACUGCCACAUCAACAUCAAUGACUGUCGUGGGCAGUGUCAGCACGGUGGAACCUGCAAGGACCUGGUGAGCGGGUACCAGUGUGUAUGCCCUCGAGGCUUUGUUGGGCGGCACUGUGAGCUGGAGUGGGAUGAGUGUGUCAGCAGCCCGUGUCGUGGGGGUGGUUUCUGCGAGGACCUUGUGGACGGCUUCCGUUGUCACUGCCCUAAAGGCCUGUCGGGACCCCUGUGUGAGGUGGACAUGAACCUCUGUGAGCCCAGUCCCUGCCAAAGUGGCGCCCGCUGCUACAACUUGGAGGGUGACUACUACUGCGCAUGCCCCGACAACUUUGGCGGCAAGAACUGCUCGGUUCCCAGGGAGCCAUGCCCUGGUGGGGCGUGCCGAGUCAUCGACGGCUGCGGGUUGGAGGCGGGACCCCGAGGACCUGGGGCUGCGCCCUUGGGAGUGUGCGGCCCCCAUGGGCACUGCGUCAGCCAGCCGGGCGGCAACUUCUCUUGUGUCUGCAACAGCGGCUUCACGGGCACUUACUGCCAUGAGAACAUCGACGACUGCCUGGGCGGACCGUGUCUCAACGGGGGCACUUGCAUCGAUGAAGUGGACGCCUUCCGCUGUUUCUGCCCCAGUGGCUGGGAGGGCGAGCUUUGUGACAUCAAUCCCAAUGACUGCCUUCCUGACCCCUGCCACAGCCGUGGUCACUGCUAUGACCUGGUCAAUGACUUCUAUUGUGUCUGCGACGACGGCUGGAAGGGCAAGACGUGCCACUCACGAGAGUUCCAGUGUGACACCUACACAUGCGGUCACGGGGGCACCUGCUACGACAGUGGUGACAGCUUCCGUUGUGCCUGCCCCCCAGGCUGGAAGGGCAGCACCUGCAACAUCGCCGAGAACAGUAGCUGCUUGCCCAACCCCUGUAGGAAUGGUGGCACUUGUGUGGGCAGCGGGGACUCCUUUUCUUGCAUCUGCCGAGAUGGCUGGGAGGGCCGCACCUGCACCCACAACACCAAUGACUGCAAUCCGUUGCCUUGCUACAACGGUGGCGUCUGUGUGGACGGUAUCAACUGGUUCCGCUGCGAAUGUGCGCCCGGCUUUGCAGGCCCUGACUGCCGCAUCAACAUUGAUGAAUGUCAGUCUUCACCCUGCGCCUACGGAGCCACUUGUGUGGAUGAGAUCAACGGCUACCACUGCAGUUGCCCACCUGGUCGGGCCGGCCCGCGGUGCCAGGAAGUGAUUGGGUUUGGGCGGGCCUGCUGGUCCCGGGGUACACCCUUCCCGCACGGGAGCUCCUGGCUGGAGGAUUGUAAUAGCUGCCAAUGCCUGGAUGGCCGUCAGGACUGUAGCAAGGUGUGGUGUGGGUGGAAACCCUGCCUGCUGGCCGGCCGACCUGACACUCUAAGUGCCCAGUGCCCACCAGGGCAUCAGUGCCAGGAGAAAGCCCCAGGUCAGUGCCUACAGCCACCCUGUGCAGCCUGGGGGGAGUGUGGCACUGAGGAGCCCCUUCCCCCCAACACACCCUGCCUGCCUCGCUCGGGCCAUCUGGACAACAAUUGUGCCCGCCUCACGCUUCGCUUUGACCGUGACCAAGUGCCCCAGGGCACCACCGUGGGCACUAUUUGUGCUGGGAUCCGCUCCCUGCCAGCCACCAGAGCUGUGGCCCGGGACCGCCUGCUAGUGUUGCUCUGUGACCGGGCACCCUCAGGGUCCAAUGCUGUGGAGGUGGCCAUGUCUUUCAGCCCGGCCAGGGACACUGGCGAUAGCACGCUGGUCCAGAGCGCAGCCCAGGCCAUUGUGGCCGCCAUCACACGGCGAGGGAACAGCUCAUUACUGCUGGCUGUCACUGAGGUCAAGGUGGAGACGGCCAUACUGGACGGUUCCUCCACAGACCUGCUGGUACCUGUGCUGUGUGGUGUGUUCAGCGUGCUCUGGCUGGCCUGUAUUGCCAUCUGUGUGUGGUGGACCCGGAAGCGUAGAAAAGAACGGGAGCGGAGCCGGCUGCCUCGGGAGGAGAGCGCUAACAACCAGUGGGCUCCGCUCAACCCCAUCCGCAACCCGAUCGAGCGGCCGGGCAGCGGGGGCCUGGGUGGCGGUGGGGCCCACAAGGACGUGUUGUACCAAUGCAAGAACUUCACGCCGCCCCCUCGCCGGGUGGGCGAGGCACUGCCUGGACCGGCAGGCCGUGGGAACAGUGAGGACGAGGAGGAUGAGGAGCUGGGCCGAGGGGAGGAGGACUCCCCAGAGGCAGAGAAGUUCCUUUCACACAAAUGCACCAAAGACCCAGGCUGUACGCCAGGGCGGCCAGCCCUCUGGGCCUCAGGCCCCAAAGUGGACAACCGCGCGGUCAGGAGCAUCAACGACACCCGAUAUGUCAGCAAGGAAUAG